CGUAACUAGUGAGGUUGAGUCUAUCAGACUCCGGCAGAUAUUUUUUUCGCUAUAACUACUUUUUAUAUCAAGUGACAACAAUGUACGCCUAUUUACCUUUAGUUUGGAUAUGUGAGUCCUGUUUGCCACGGUGGUUGCAGAUCUACCUGAAACAUGUCUUUGUGUGCUUGUGUUUUUAUACGUCAGAGAGUCUCACGGACUCCACCUCACUCUUAUCAAGGAAUUACGUGCCAGUACAUUAAAAGAGACUGUUACAAUAAACGGUAAAGACUAUGAGAGUACGUUCACGAUGGUAUAGCAUUGAAAUUGUGAGUGACUACGAAAGCGACAGCGAGCAGACUCCGG